AUGCGCCGCUUAUUCAACAUAUUUGGGCUGCUGCUCCUCCUCUCCCUCCUGGGGCGGUUGCAUGCGGCACCUGUGGGCGAGCAUGUCGAUCAUGCCGGCUGCAUACGUGUGACGAUCAUUAAGCGGCCGUUGACCACGCCUACAACUACAACAACAACAACAACAACAGCAACAACAACAGAAACUACAAGGCUAACGUUCCAUU